GAGCUUUUGUGAAGUGCCAAUAGUGUGACUGGUGGUUUCAUGCAACUGCGGAUUUCAAAGUAGAAGACGACGCACUUGUUUAAAAAGGAAUUUUGGACUAAAAACUAGAUUAAGGAUUAGUGCCUGACCAAACUGGAAGUGAAAGGCAAAAUCCAGUGUUUCGACAUGGCGGCCGACAACACGAACAAGAUGAGUCUGAGAGACGACUUGACUUGUGCCAUUUGCUACGACCUUUUCAAAGACCCAGUGAUGCUUGGCUGCAUGCACCACUUUUGUAAACAAUGUAUUAGUACAUACUGGAGAAGCAUGCGGGGACCUGUAUCUUGCCCUCAGUGUCGUCAGGAGUUCCCCAAUAAACAAUUUCAGGUCAACUAUCUGGUAGCUGGACUGGUUGAAAAAGUGGGAGCCACCUCAUCUGGGUAUUUGAGGAAUUUAGAGAAGCAGCCAAAAGACUGCAUGGACUUUGAGUACUCACAGAAAGAAGAAAUCAUCACUAUGAUCCACAGAGAAGAAGAACAGAUGGACAAGAUAAGAAAAUUGGGAGCUGAACUCCGGAACCAAAUGCGCAGCGACUUCCAGGCACUGCACCACUUCUUACAGAUGGAGGAGGUGGCCUUGCUAAAGCAACUGCACAGAGACCAGGAGGAGCUUGAGCAGCGCAUAAAGCGGCACCUGGAGGCCCUACACAUAGAAUCGCGGGAGCUCGAGAAGAGUCUGCCAGAACUGAAUUCCAAACCACCAGUGCAAGCCAUCACACCGCAGGAUAUUGAUGGUUUUACCAGCAAAUAUAUGUCUCCUCUUCAAUAUACUGUUUGGCGAAAAAUGUUUAACAUUUUAAAACCAGGUCCAUUGCCACUGACUUUUGAUGAGGACACAGUUCACCCGAGCCUCCAGCUGUCUCUGGACAGGACACAAGUGGUUGAGAAUGAUGCUAUACUGCCCUAUAAAUUUAGCACAAAACGCUUUGUAAAGUGUGUUAAUGUCUUUGCAGCCCAGGGCUUUCAAUCGGGUAGGCAUUACUGGGAGGUGGGUGUCGGAACCAAGCCCAAGUGGGACUUGGGCAUCGCCCUGGAAGUGGUUGACCGACACACCAGAGUCAAGCUGUGCCCCGAGAAUGGUUACUGGACCCUGCGUCUGCGUAAUGGGAGAGAGUACUCAGCAGGGACACAGCCUUGGAGACCAUUGCCUGUAACCUCACAACCUCUAAGCAUCGGGAUCUUCCUUGACUGUGAGGAGCAACGGAUUUCCUUCUACAAUGCAGACAACAUGCACCUGCUCUACUCCUUCUCAAAUGGGCCUAGUGGGAAAUCUUUCCCGUUCUUCAGUACAUGCCUAAGCGAGUCUGGCCAACAACCCAAGCCUAUCCGUCUUCUUCAUUUCCCCAGACAGUCUCUAUGACAGGAUGUUGCUGGGGACUUCAGUAACAUUGGGCCUUCAUGGGCCCAAAACACAUUGCAGUGCUCUACUUUGCCAUUUAUAAUCAGUGGUAAAUCUCCAGUAUUUAAUUAUAACCUCCAGUGAGAAAUGAAUGUCGGUGUUAAAAUUCAAGUCAUCUUAAUAAACACCAUAUCAGCUAUGUAAAAAAAAAACAUCCUAAAACAUUAAGGAUUUUGAAUUUUAGAAAGCUGUCACUCAUGAUUUACUUAUAUUUUAAUCUUGAUUACUCAAAACUUGACAAUCUACUCUGACAAAAGUAUAAAAAAGAUCAAGUCUAAAUUUUAGUCUACAUUUUUCUUAGAGCAGAUAAGCAAAAUUUUUGUUUCAGUGAAGACAAUGUUGGACUCAAAUUUUGUAACAUAUUCUGUGCACAAUGCACUAUAAGGCAAUCUAUGUAUGUAACUAAUGUGUAAAAAUAAAAUACAAAACGGUCAAA